AUGGUCGAACUAUCAGAACCGACCCCGGGUCGGCCCGUUUGCCUGGUCUUCGGGCCCCAGAGUUCCGAGAUUGACGAAAGUCUAUUUUACAUCAGCCGCAGUGUUGAUGAAAAUCCAGCGUUGCAAUUCCUCAAGGAUGUCUUGAGGGAACUACCAUCUUUAUGGUCCACCAUUACUGAUGCCUGGGCGUCUUUGUCAUCAACCCCUGGAGCGGCGCAACUUACGGUGCUCGCUGAAUGUGUUGAGGGAGCGGUAGUCGCUCCCAAGAAUCCCACGAAUGUGCUCCUGACGCCCCUCACUGUUAUUCGACAGAUAAUCGAUGCGUGGAAAUUCAAAGAAAGUUCCAAGAACGAGUGCAGAAUCGUGGAUGCUCAGGGAUUUUGUGUCGGCUUCUUAGCGGCGGUCGCAAUCGCAUGCUCAAACGAUGCCGAGGAAUUCUCGGAUAUCGCAUCCACCAUGGUCCGAUUGGCCGUUUGCAUUGGAGCAGCAGUUGACCUGGAUGGCGUUUUGCAUGGUCAUGCCCGAUCUGUUGCUGUGAGAUGGAAGUCUGGUAGUGAGAAUGAACAACUCAAUCGGGUGUUGGCUAGCUCUUCAACGGCCUACAUCUCCUGCUUUACAGAUACAGCGUCGGCCACAGUUACAGUCGCGGAGGAUGGAGUAGAUGAGUUGAUUAAGGAGCUCGGAGCCCAUGGGUUGUCGGUGAAAAUUAUCGAUCUGAAAGGAAGAUUUCAUCAUUCGAGCCAUGUCACAGCUGUUCAACACCUUACCAAUAUUUGUGAGACAGACAACAGGUUCCGGUUGGCAAACACUGGUCCCUGUGUCCUUCCACUAAGGUCCAAUGUCGAUGCCCGUGUGAUUGGGAAAAGAUGUGACGUUCACAAAAUUGCCCUGGAAUCAAUCUUGACCAAACCAUGCCAGUGGGCUACGACUGUUUCGGCCGCAGUCAAGCAAGCGAGAGAGACAGAUGGUGACUUAGCUCUUACUCCGAUUGGGACUGGCCAGUUCCUUCCACGUCUAGUCAGAACAAGGGUUCUCGACAACAUGAACCACAGGUUGUCGGAUACCAGACAUCACGAACCGCUGCCAAAUGGGAUCCACAAAUCAUCCUCCCCUGCUGGAUCGGCACCAUCAACUAACGUGGCCACGACCGCCGGGACAGCAACCCCGAUUGCUAUCACCGGCAUGGGAUGUCGAUAUGCCCAAGUGGAUUCUCCAGAGCAACUGUGGGAGAUGCUCGAGUUGGGGCGGUGCGGUGUCAGCGCACUUCCAAAUGAGCGAUUCGAGAUGGACAAGCUUCUUCGCGAGCCAAAGGGGCCAUUUUGGGGGAACUAUCUGGCUAAUCCCGAUGUUUUUGAUCAUCGCUUCUUUGGCAUCUCGGCCCGAGAAGCGGAUGCUAUGGACCCCCAGCAACGACUACUUCUUCAGGUCGGGUAUGAGGCUAUGGAGUCAGCUGGAUACUGUGGUCUUCGCGCCUCAAAUGUGCCGAGCGAUAUCGGUUGUUAUGUUGGUGUCGGCUCGGAUGAUUAUACUGACAAUGUUGGAUCAACCCAUGCGAACGCAUUUUCAGCUACAGGGACACUCCAAGCGUUCUGCACUGGCCGUCUUAGUCACUAUUUUGGUUGGACUGGGCCAUCGGUAGUGGUUGACACCGCGUGCUCUUCAGCUGCGGUGUCUAUUCAUCUUGCAUGCAAGGCUUUACAAACCAAUGAAUGCUCUAUUGCCGUGGCAGGCGGUGUAAAUGUCAUGACAAGCCCGAGAGUGACCCAAAACCUAGCGGCGGCCUCCUUCCUCUCCCCCACCGGCGCUUCUAAGGCAUUUGAUGCGACUGCGAAUGGUUAUUGUCGCGGUGAGGGGGCGGGCCUGGUGGUGUUACGACCCUUAGCAGACGCAAUUCGGAACGGAGACCCCAUCCUUGCCGUAAUUGGCGGGUCCGCGGUCAACCAGGGAUCCAACUGCUCUCCGAUCACUGUCCCAGACUCGAAUUCCCAGAGAUCCCUUUAUCAGAAGGCCCUCGUGGCAUCUGGGAUUCCACCAGAAGACGUCACUUAUGUUGAAGCACAUGGCACAGGCACCCAGGUAGGCGAUCCAAUUGAAUUCGACAGCAUCCGCAAAGCCUUUGGAGGACCUGCCCGUAGCGAAAAGCUUCAUGUCGGAUCUAUCAAAGAUAACAUCGGCCACACCGAAACGGCUUCAGGGGUAGCUGGCCUACUGAAGACUGUCUUGAUGAUGCAAAAACACCAAAUACCGAAGCAAGCCAAUUUUGUUCAACUGAACCCAAAGAUUCCUGCAUUGGACGAUGCAACAAUCGCAAUUCCAACCAAGUCAAUCCACUGGCCGUCCGCCGCUACUUCAUCUUCAAAUGCCGUGGCAAUGGUGACCAAUUACGGCGCUGCAGGAAGUAAUGCGGCUCUUGUUGUGAAACAAUACAAAGCGACAUCUUGCCCUUUAAAUCCAGUCUCUCUCCCCCCUAGUGAGGUGCCCGUUAUCCUGGCAGCCAACUCUGUCGAAUCACUCAGGUCAUACUGCAAAGUUCUACUUUCGAGUGUCCGGAAUGCACAACUGAGCAAUUGUCAAGACAUCGCCUACAACUUGGCAAUCAAGCAGAGCAGAGAUAUGGAUUACAUUUCCACAUUCAGCAUUUCCGCAAAUCAACCCAACGAGCUUAUUGCGAAGCUAGAGUCGAUGUCAGGUGAGACCACUGAUGUCAAGAAACAACCGGCUUCUCCUAUGCCCGUCAUCUUAUGCUUUGGUGGACAAAAUGGAAAUGAAGCAACCCUUUCCGAAGACCUGUUUAAUCAGUGUGAACUGCUUCAAUAUCACCUGAUGGAAUGUGAAAAGGUUUGCCAAACUCUUGAUCUUCCGAGCCUCUUCCCAAGUAUCUUCCAGCCUGGCCCAAUCGAAGAUACCGUCAGCCUUCACUGCAUUUUGUUCGCAAUCCAAUACGCAUCAGCAAUGUCAUGGAUAGAUUCUGGACUGCAAGUGGACCGAAUUAUAGGCCAUAGCUUUGGCCAACUUACGGGACUCUGUGUCGCUGGAGGGUUGAACCUUUCAGAUGCUCUCUAUCUUGUCUCAGAGCGAGCCAGGAUGAUCCACAGCAUGUGGGGAUCUGAGCGAGGAGUUAUGCUCUUAGUGGAAGGGACAGAGGCGGAGGUACAGAGUUUGUUGAAUCGCACGACACAGCAUAUGCCAGAUGUGGCAGUGGAUGUGGCUUGUAUCAAUGGGCCUCGCAAUGUUAUAUUGGCGGGAGAUGAGCGAUCUCUACAGCUGGUUCAGAACCUGUCGGCGGAAGCUCCGUCCAUCCUCCGCACAAAGAGAUUGAAGAACACACAUGCUUUCCAUUCCCGCCUGGUGGAUAGCAUUGUUCCUCCUCUGACCAAGGUAGCCAAAGAGCUUCGAUACAAGCCACUGCCUAUCCCUCUUGAGGCUUGUUCCCAGGAUGGCGACUGGUCCUCUGUCACGCCAGGCAAGAUCGUGGCCCACAGCCGCGGACGUGUUGACUUCCAGAAAGCCGUUGAGCGGGUGGCCCAAAGGAUUCAGGAACCUAUUGUCUGGUUGGAGGCAGGAUCCGCAUCUCCCAUCAUCCCAUUGGUACGACGAGUUAUCGACGCAGUGGCAGCCUCUCCAAAAGAGCAUGUCUAUCAGGCGCUCGACCUGGGAGGUCCACAAGCCCAGAAAAAUCUUUCACAGGCUACUUGCAACCUGUGGUCCAGAGGUGCGAAGGUUCAAUUCUGGCAGUUCCACGACUCUCAAGCCAAAAGUUACAACUGGAUCAACCUACCGCCUUAUCAGUUCGCUCAAACACGUCACUGGAUUGCAUACGACCCAAACGCCUUUACGCCGUUGCCAGAAGACAAGCCAACCUUGCCUUCUUCGUGUGGCCCGAAAGAGUUUGUCAAGCUACUCACCAAGCAGCCGACCGAGUGUAUAUUUUCCAUCAACACGAAAGACCCUCUUUACCAGGAAUGUACACAAGGCCAUGCAGUACUUGAUCAAAACCUCUGCCCUGCCUCUCUCUACUUUGAGAUGAUUGUUCGUGCGGCAGGACUCAUUCGCCCGGAAAACGAUACAACACCCGCGAUGCCUCACCUUCAAAAUCUUGCCAUUUCGGCUCCCCUUGUACUCAACCCAACUGGAAAUGUUCUGUUAAGUCUUACCCGUACCCGGCCUGGUGACUCUCCAUGGUCAUUCUCUCUCUUCACUCGUGAGCCCAGCAAGAACGCGGUGACCAUGCAUGCAACGGGUGAGAUCAGCUUGCACCCCUUCGGCCAGAACACACCUCUCUUCGUUCGCCUUCACUCCAUGAACCGAUUGAUUGAUUCGUCCCGAGUGGACUCUAUCACCAAUUCACGUGAGUCGAGCGGUCUCAAAGGAUUUGCCGUCUACCAGGCUUUCCGUAGAGUUGUCAAUUACGCUGAUUGUUAUCGCGGCGUUGAACGAGUGUUCGCGACCGAGUAUGAGGCUGCUGGAAUCGUGAACCUACUCUCGUCCAAGACAAAGGAUGCCGCAUGUGAUCCGAUGCUCGUCGACAAUUUCAUCCAAGUCGCUGGAAUCCACGUCAACUGCCUUUCGGAGACAAAGGAAGAUGAAGUUUUCGUCUGCACUGGGGUUGGUGAAAUCUUGAUUGGAGAGGCCUUCAUGACACGGGAUCCCAAUUCCUCGCAUGCUUGGGGUGUAUACUCCAACAUGGACAGAUCUGUUAAGAGCAAGAUCACCUGUGACACAUUUGUCCUGGAUCGGGAGACGGGUACGCUUGCUGUCACCAUUCUCUCUGCGGAAUUCACCAGCGUUUCCAUUGCUGGUCUUGCACGAGUACUCAAGAAAUUGAACAAUCAACCCGAUGACAAAAAGGCAUCUCCAGAGACGCCUUUUCAGGAUAAUUUCAAAGUUGAUAUCAAUCCCAGCCUUCAGAAUGCAGUACCUGUUGUCCAGUCUACUCGCCAACCUGCCCCAGAAGCUGGACACUUUGUGGUCGUCCAAGAGAUGCUCUGUGAUCUACUGGGGAUUGCCUCCGAGGAGUUGUUGCCAUCCUCGAAUCUCGAAGAAAUUGGUGUUGACUCACUCAUGCGAACUGAGGUUCUGGUAGAAAUAAAGAAGAGGUUCAAUGUCAGCAUUGACGCCUCCUCCUUGAUUGAAAUUCCCGAUAUCCAAAAGCUGGUGCAGACAAUUUUCCCCGAUGCCGCAGCUCCUCCCACAAAUGGAGUUCACCCGUCAUUGCAAAUCGAGACCACAGCUGCAGCUGACUCGGAGAACAAUACCCAUGUUAUCCCAACCCCAAUUUCUGACGCGGAUAUAAACGGCCUCAUCGACAUCGCGCCUGGCCUUUUCACUGAUAUUCAGAGAAGCACGGCGCACAGUCAAUUGACCCAGUGGGACGGAUUUUGUGAAUUUGUAUAUCCCAAGCAGAUGGCCCUUGUCACAGCGUAUGUGGUAGAGGCUUUCAAGUCCCUCGGUGUCUCCCUAGACAGUUUUGAGGCUGAUUGUGCUAUUCCACAAGUGCCUGUUCUUCAACAGCAUGGCAAGGUUCGAAACCAGCUUUAUUCCAUCCUGGAGUUCUCGAAUCUUAUCCGGGCUACCGAUCGUGGCUUCGUGCGCACAACAAUUCCUGUACCCACGAUUGCGUCUGAUGUAUUGCACGAGGAAAUCAUUCGCCUCUAUCCCCAGCACAGAUCUGAGCACCAUCUUCUCAGAACAACUGGCUCGCGACUCAGUGAUUGCUUGAGCGGAGCAGCCGACCCACUCUCCCUCCUCUUCCAAGAUGCAGAGGCCCGUCACCUGAUGGAGGAUGUGUACACGAACGCUCCAAUGUUCAAGGCUGCAACUAACCACCUUGCCCAAUACCUUGUAAAUCUGCUUGGUCGCAUGGAUACCACGAGGGAAAUCAAGAUCCUUGAGAUUGGGGGUGGCACUGGAGGCACAACCAAGGCUUUGUUGAGUCAGCUCACUGCUGUCCCUGGUCUUCGCUUCCAAUACACAUUCACGGACCUGUCCUCGGGGCUCCUGACUCUGGCACGCAAGAAGUUCAAGCAUUACAACUUCAUGAAAUAUCAAGUCCUCAAUGUUGAACAGACUCCUACCCCAGACAUGCUCGGUCAAUUUGACAUCAUCCUAUCCAGCAACUGUGUGCACGCAACCCGCAAUCUUGUUCAAUCGUGUUCAAAUAUCAACAAGCUUCUACGACCAGACGGAAUUCUUUGCCUAAUCGAGCUCACACGCAACUUGUUCUGGUUUGAUCUUGUCUUUGGUCUGCUGGAGGGCUGGUGGCUCUUCGAGGAUGGUCGGCAACACGCCCUUGCGACCGAACACGUAUGGAAACAAACCCUUUCCAAGUCAGGUUUCCAAUGGGUUGACUGGACGCACAAUGACUCGGAAGAAUCCAAUGUUCUUAGGGUGAUCACUGCGUCGCCGACCUCGGCCGUCAUUUUACCUCCGACCCCCGGGAGCCCCUUACGCAUCGUAAACGAGGAGACGGUCGUUUAUGGCAAGAAUGGUGGCGUGGAGCUCUCCGCAGACAUUUACUAUCCCCGGGAUCUUCAGCCUAUUGGAAAACCCCGUCCAAUUGCUCUACUUAUCCAUGGCGGAGGACACAUCAUGCUUUCGCGCCGGGACAUCCGCAGUAAGCAAGUCAAGAUGCUCCUCGAUGCGGGAUUCUUGCCGGUCAGUGUGGAUUACCGACUGUGCCCAGAGGUUUCUCUGUCGGAAGGCCCAAUGCAUGAUGCAUGCGAUGCCCUCUCCUGGGCUCGAGGUAUCCUGCCCAAAUUGUCUCUCGGUCGCCCUGACAUACAACCGGAUGGAAGCCAAGUGGUAGCAGUUGGCUGGUCUACUGGUGCUCAUCUGGCUAUGACAUUGGCUUGGACUGCUGAGCAGAGGGGCAUCGCCCCGCCCGACGCUAUCCUCGCAUUCUACGGGCCUACUGACUAUGAAGACUCUUUCUGGUCCCAGCCCAACUUCCCGUAUGGAAAGAAUGCCGCCUCGCCAGAAAUGAACUACAACUUGUGGGAAGGCAUGCAUGACACGCCAAUCACUGCCUACAAUCCUCCGGCCAACCAAAAGGCCCUUGGGGGCUGGAUGUCACCGGCGGAUCCUCGCAGUCGAAUUGCCUUGCACAUGAACUGGAAAGGACAAAGCCUGCCUAUGUUGCUGCAUGGAGGCCGCUUCUGGUCGGACCAUAAAGACGACUCUGGAGAAGACUUGCCCGUUCCGACUCUUGAGGAAAUCCAAGCCGUCAGCCCUCUGGCACAAAUUCGCAAUGGGAGUUACAAGACGCCCACUUUCAUAAUCCACGGGACUCUUGAUGAUCUCAUUCCAGUGGAACAGGCGCAGAGGACAUCGCGGGAGCUGCUUACGAAGGGCGUUGAGGUCGAGCUCCGCGUUGUGGAUAAGGCAGUGCAUCUGUUUGACAUUUAUCCUGGGUUUGAGAAAGACCAGGCGGCUGCUCAAGCUGUUGAAGAUGGUUACGAGUUUUUGCGUGAUCAUGUUAGAUAUUAG